GAAAUGUGUUCGUGAUGUAUUGUCCUAAAAGAAAAACAUUCCCGAUUGUAGCGCUUUAACCUUUCAAUUCAAAUGUUAUUAUUAAACAGUAAUAUAGGACUUGUUCUCGUGUAGAGGAUAUUUUAAUGCCACGGGUUUUUUUGGAGGUUAACCUACGGUGUUCUGGUCAAGGUUAUCUAUUACAAUGGAGUUUCCAGGACACAGCCAGCAGCUCUUGAACACCCUGCGCUCUCAACGUCUGCAAGGUUUCCUUUGUGACUGUACUGUACAGGUUGGCUCAACGCGUUUCGUAGCUCACCGUGCCUUGUUGGCAUCUUUUUCCCCGUUCUUCCACAUGUUCUUCUCCGAUCAGUCAGGGGGGAACACCAGCACAGUCAACGGAGGUCCACAGAGAGACACGGUGUCUAUUAAUGGUGACAUAGUGACACCUCAAGCCUUUGGGUUGCUUCUUGAUUUUAUGUACGAGGGAUUGCUGCGACUGGAAGCCCACCCCCCUCCAGAGGACGUUUUGGCUGCGGCCAGCUUCUUGCAUAUGAAUGAUGUGGUUCGAGUUUGUAAGAGAAGACUGCACGGUCGUGGUUUGGCCGAGGCGGAUAGCACGAGGGUAGAGGUUGGAGCAAGCGAGUCAGCUAAAACGGAAGGACAUCCCGAUGGUUCAGCUGAAGAUAAUGUCCCUGCUGCUGAGAUAGAUAGGGGGUUAGGAAGAGAUGGGGCACUUACAGUUGGAAAUCCACCAUUUUCCUUGUCUGUAACACAUUGUCCUCAGUCCAUCCAACAGAUGUCAUUUUAUACCGAUACUAAGACUGAAACACAAGCAGCGAUGGGAAAUCUCGCACACGGUGAUGUCCUUACAGGUGUGGAAAGUUCAGAGAUGGCUGACAGUACCCAACUUGGAAUUGACUCCCAGCCACCUGUUAGCAAUUCUUGUCCAAGUUUGCCUGCAUAUAGUUCUUCAUCUAGGCCUGACAAGACAAGAAUAUCUACAAGGUCAGCUAGCCUCGAGUCUGCACUUUCAAGUCCGUGCAGUACGACAGAAAUGAUUCAGACAGGCACAGACACUCAACCUGUUGUAGCCGCUGCAACAGCGCUGAGCAUGGUAGACAACGCUAAGACUACCCAAGAUCACGCUGUGUCUAAUGCACCUCACAUUCGAGUAAACAGUCAGCAGAGUCCAACAGCAAAUCGUGUCCAGAAUAAAGGACAGUGUACUGGAAAUCCUGGAUCAUCACAACACAAUCAGAACCAGACAGAAAGACAACAAGGAUACAUGUCAUCUAAUGCAAGAAGCUUGCAGUAUAAAGGUAAGAAACGUCUUUGCCAAACGUCAGCAGAGCCAGUAGGACAGGAAAAUGAGGAUUGUGUCAAGGUGAAAGUGGAGGCUAUUGUGAUUUCUGAUGCAGAAUCUGAUGAAACGGAUGAGACAUCGAUUACAGAUAACAGUCAGAAGAGAAAUACAGAUUUAGAUCACGGGGAUGAUUAUGAUGACAGCAACCAUGAUGUCGAAGAGCUCGCAGUCACGCAGUUCAUACCUGCCCACACUUUAAUUCACCUUCCCCAUCAGGAGCCCCUCUCUUUUCCUCCUUCACCACAUGGAGCGAGUUCUUCUGCAGCAGAUAAUUCUGGCUUCCCAUCAUCCCUUUUUUCAACCAAUUCACAGUCUGAACAGCAGGCAUUGUACCUUGAGGAAUUUCAGGACUCUCUAGGGAAUUACGUAGAGGAUGUACCUACCUGUAACACAUGCGGAAAGACAUUUUCCUGUGCGUACACACUGCGAAGACACGCCAUUGUACAUACCAGGGAGCGGCCUUAUGAGUGCAGCUACUGUUACCGUAGUUACACACAGUCUGGAGACUUAUACAGACACAUCAGAAAGGCACAUAAUCAGGGCCUUCCAGUUAAACGAAGCAGGGUCGAGUCUGACCCUCCGUCGCCACCUCCUCCUCCUGCCCCCCAGACAUAGCUGCAUUUUUUGGCCAAAAACUAUUGAAAAAUGACAUUUAACAGAAUUUAAAAAUCAUCUCUUCCACACUUUUGUGGUACUCUUCGUGGGUGUAAUCCUGAAAAAAACAGGACAUGUGCUUUUAAAGAAUAAAACGGUUAACUUAAGACAAGUACACGUGCGGUUCAGAAACAUUUUAUGAAAAUGUUUUUAGCAUUGGUGUACAGAUCAUUUGGGACUUCUAGUUGAUGUGGACAUACUCAUUUCAGUUUUUCCAACAAAAAGUGUCCUUGUAUUUGUUGUGUUUUUUAUUUAUAUGUUUCCCUGAGAGGAUGGAAAUAUUAGAUACUUAAGUAAACAUGAAACUAGGUGUGCACAGCACACAAACAAAAAUCUUUAUAAAAUUAUUUUAAUUAUAUAUACAUUUGAUACCUGUUGGAAUUUUUCAUGAGAUUCUUAAAUUUUUAAGUUGCUUUGGAUAAAAGGGUAUGCCAAAUGCGUAAAUAUAAUGUACAGUAGCUGUGAUACCAGUAAAAAACAAGAAGGUCCAUCAUAUCAAUUUCAUGAAGAGCUGUGCUAUGUGUGUAUUAUGUGCAUCUUGUUUUUACCAUGGUAAAACAAACUGUUUGAAGUGUUAUUUAAUUAAAAUAGAUUUCUGUG